AUGGUAUCCAGUGUAUUUGUCGCCACUGUCGGGGCCCUGGCACUGGCCCCAUUUGCUUCGGCUUUUGACGCACAGGCAAAGACCAACGUUGCCGUCUACUAUGGCCAAGGUACCAACCAGUCACGACUGAGCCACUUCUGCCAUGAGACGUCCUUGGACAUUAUCAACCUCGGCUUCGUCAAUGUCUUCCCCGACCAAGGCGUUCUGGGAAUGCCCGGUACCAACUUCGGUAACCAGUGUGAUGGUCUGACCUUGAAUGUUGGCAAUACCUCGACCCAGUUCCUCACGGGUUGCCAUCAAUUGGCGGAGGAUAUCCCGAUUUGUCAGGCGGCGGGCAAGAAGGUCUUCCUUUCGCUUGGAGGUGAUUCUGGCUCGGUGCAGAAGAUCGAGUCUGAUAAGUCGGCUAUUAAGUUUGCCGACUUACUUUGGGAUUCGUUUGGUCCAAACAACAACAAGUUGGCACUCCUUGGAAGCCCUCGUCCCUUUGGUGAUGCUGUUGUGGAUGGAUUUGACUUUGAUAUCGAAGUUGGUGGUGGAAAUGGCUACGCAACCAUGAUCAACCGUCUCCGCGAGCAUUUCGCAGAGGACCCUUCCCGGACCUUCUACAUCUCAGGCGCGCCCCAAUGCCCUAUUCCCGAUGCUCAACUGGGCGACGCCAUUGCCAACGCUGCGUUCGAUUUUGUCUGGGUCCAGUUUUACAAUACUGAAGGAUGCUCUGCUCGGAACUUUGUGCAGGGCAAUGGGAAUCCGGGAUUCAACUUCGACGAAUGGGUGAAUGUCAUCAAGAACAGCGCUAACCCUGACGCGAAGCUCCUUGUUGGUCUGCCUGCCAGCUCUGGCAUGGCUAUUGAGGGAUUCUACUUGAAUCCUGCCGAGGUCGAGCCCUUGGUUGCCAAGUACAUGAACAAGUAUCCCGAGACUUUCGGUGGUAUUAUGCUCUGGGAGGCAACUGCAUCUGACAAUAAUGUCAUCAAUGGUGGGACCUAUGCGGACAACAUGAAGGCGAUCCUUUACAGGUACGGUCCUAAGCCUACGCCUACGCCCACGCCUACUCCCUCGCAGACUCCUUCCCAGACACCAUCGUCGUCCAGCAUUCCUGUUCACCCGAGCAGCCCGGUCCCGUCAAGCUCCCCGAUUUCUUCGGAGACCCCAGUGCCAUCUAGCACCCACACUCCUUCGAGCUCGCCUGUUGCAUCGACUUCGUCUUCCGUCCUGGCAACUUCGAGCACCAAGGCUUCUAGCUCUCUUGUCUCGACUGAGAUGUCGCAGUCGAGCUCGCAAGUUUCUUCCAGCUCUGUUGCUCCAUCGAGCACGCCAAUUGCUUCCGGGAGGCCAACUGAAUCGCACUCUUUGACUUCCUCUUCGGCCCUGACAACGUCCACGCCAGUUGUGUCGAGCACACCCAAGGCUUCUAGCUCUCCUGUCUCGACUGGAAUCUCGCGGUCGAGCUCUCAGGUUGCUUCUAGCUCUUCUACUCCAGUCAAGUCAUCAAGCUCGGUGAUUGCUUCUAACAAGCCCACCACAUCUGGUAAGCCUACGCCAUCGAGCUCCGUGGCUGUCUCUACUUCCAAGUCUGAGAUCACUUCAUCUGCGGUGCCAACUGCAUCAACGAGCAAGCCUGUGGUCUCCACCAAGUCUUCGUCUGGCUCGACCACUUCCACUCCUGUUGUUAGUUCGCAGAGCUCUGUCGUUCCCAGCGCGUCCUCGUCUUUGGUCGGUGUCCCGGGAUCCAGCCCUGCAAUCACUCCUUCGGCCUCGGUCAUUGGUGUUCCCUCCACUACUACAGAGUCCAAGACGAUCACCACUGUGAUUGUGACUUCGUACAUUGACAUCUGUCCUACUGGAUUCACAACGGUUACCACUACUUACACCACGACCUAUUGCCCUGAGACCGCCGUGCCGGCAACCCCGACCACGGAGCCAUCUGUUCCCGUGGGAUGGACUACGGUCGCAACUGUUUGCACUCACUGUGCGGCGACGCCUACUACCGUGAUGCUCACGCUGCCUCCUACUGCUACGGGUGCCGUGUCUACUGGAGCAGUUAACGACAACGGAUCUGGCAACGCUGGCAACGCUGGCAACGCUGGCAACACCGGCAACGCCGUUACUGGAACCGAGACUGGUAGUACCAUCACUGCUACCGUCACUAGCAACCAGUCCAUCUCCAAGCCCUCCGGUGCCCUCCCCAGCCAGUCUGGCAGCCUCAGCCAGCCCCAGGGCUCCGCGGGGACUUCCCUCCGUGUCCCGACCGGCGCCGUCACGCCUUCCGGACCCGUUAGCACCCCAUUGAUCCGCGUCCCUACUGGUACUGGAUCCGUCCGGGCCUCGUCGACCUUGUACGCCAGACCCACGGGAAGUGCGUCGGGAGUUCCUGUUUCCCCUAGCGGUACCACUGGAACCGAGCCGUUGUUUACCGGUGGUGCGGCGAAAAAUGUGGGUAGUGGAGUCGCGGUGGUUAUGGCUGUCGCUGCGGUGCUUCUGUAG